AUGGGUUCAAUCGAUAAGCCAAAGAAGCAGCUCAUACUCAAUGCAUUUGCGAUGCAAUCUCCCUGCCAUCUCAAUCCCGGCUUGCAUCGCUAUCCAAAGGACCAGGGUCCGCGAUACAAGUCUCUCCAACACUGGAUCUCCCUAGCUCAGAAGCUCGAGGCUGCCAAGUUCCACGCCAUUUUCUUCGCCGAUGUUCUCGGUGGCUACGAUGUGUACAAAGGACCCAGGAAUCUUGACCCUACGAUUCCAGCCGCGGCGCAAUUCCCCAUCAACGACCCACUAUACAGCAUUCCGGCGAUGGCUGCUGCCACCCACAGUAUUGGAUUCGGGGUGACAGCUUCUACGACCUACGAUGCACCCUAUGCUCUGGCCCGCCGCUUCUCCACGGUCGACCAUCUAACCAACGGUCGGGUGGGGUGGAAUAUUGUCACGUCUUACUUGGACUCGGCGGCGCGGAACUUUGGUUUAGACACGCAGAUUGAACACGAUGAGCGAUAUUGCAUCGCAGAUGAGUACCUCAACGUGACCUAUCAGCUGUGGGAAGGCUCAUGGAGAGACGAUGCGGUGAAUACAACAAAGGACGGCGUGUCGGGGCUAUCUUCCUCGGGGGGCAAAAGCCAGAGCUCAUUCGGCCGUCCGUGGACAGUAUUCGGCAACAGGCACAGGCCCUUGGACGGGACCCGUCCUCGAUCAAGAUAG